AUGCGUCGCACACUCAACGUGGACGGAUACAAAGGUUCGCCCAACGAGCAAAGGUUUGGGUACGUCGAGCACCUUGACGACAUUGCCCUAGACUGUCGCGAAAGUAAUUUGAGGACUUCCACCACGUCGCACGGUAACAAUCUCCAUAUGAACAGGUUGAAGAGGGCCUUUCGGGACAAGGGCGUAGCAGGCGCGGGACGCAAAGCGGAGGAGAUAGAUCGAUCACAGGAGCCGUACUGGAAGAUCGUGCGUGUUCUCCCCGCGCUGCCUGAUUUUGUGUUUGCGUUCAAGCUUGUCAAACGACCGCGAGACUUACCACGUAAACUAGAGACUUUGCAACCUGCAGUGCUCUUCGACGGAGCAGUGAUGGGUGGGCAGGAGAGUUGA